CACAGUGCUCAGGAAGAAGAAAGCUCCUCCCACUUCUCCCAGCCUCUUCCAUCUCUUAAAAGCUCACAUCUCUCUGCACACCACCCACAGAGGAAACUCUUCUGCCAAAGGGACAGUGCUGAAAAGCACAAAUGAAGAAGACAAUGGCAAAAAAGGUUGCGGUGAUUGGAGCAGGUGUCAGUGGCCUGAUCUCUCUGAAGUGCUGUGUGGAUGAGGGUCUGGAGCCCACUUGCUUUGAAAGGACUGAAGACAUCGGAGGACUGUGGAGAUUCAAAGACAACGUGGAAGAUGGCCGAGCAAGCAUCUAUCACUCUGUCAUCACCAACACCAGCAAAGAAAUGUCCUGCUUCAGUGACUUCCCAAUGCCUGAAGAUUUCCCCAAUUUCCUGCACAACUCUAAACUCCUGGAAUAUUUCAGGAUUUUUGCCAAGAAGUUUGAUCUCCUAAAAUAUAUUCAGUUUCAGACAACCGUCAUUAGUGUGAGAAAACGUCCAGAUUUUGCAUCUUCUGGGCAAUGGGAAGUUUCUACUCAGAGCAAUGGCAAGGAGCAACGUGCUGUCUUUGACGCAGUUAUGGUUUGCAGCGGCCAUCACAUCCAACCUCACCUGCCACUGAAGUCGUUUCCAGGUAUCGAGAGGUUCAAAGGGCAGUAUUUCCAUAGUCGCCAGUACAAGCACCCAGAUGGGUUUGAGGGGAAACGCAUCCUGGUUGUUGGAAUAGGCAACUCGGCCUCAGACAUUGCCUCUGAACUCAGUAAGAAGGCCUCACAGGUGUUUAUCAGCACCAGGCAUGGUGCCUGGGUCAUGAGCCGAAUCUCUGAAGAUGGCUACCCUUGGGACAUGGUGUUCCACACUAGAUUCAGCUCCAUGCUCCGAAAUGUCCUACCACGAACAGUUGUCAAGUGGAUGAUGGAACAGCAAAUGAAUCGUUGGUUCAACCAUGAAAAUUAUGGCCUGGUGCCUCAAAACAAAUACCUUAUGAAAGAACCUGUGCUAAACGACGAUCUCCCCAGUCGGGUGCUGUAUGGAGCCAUCAGAGUGAAAACGAGAGUGAAGGAGCUCACAGAGACUGCUGCGGUUUUUGAUGAUGGCACCGUGGAGGAAGACAUUGAUGUCAUUGUCUUUGCCACUGGCUACACUUUCUCUUUCCCUUUCCUUGAAGAGUCCCUUGUGAAAGUGGAGGAUAAUAGGGUCUCGCUGUACAAAUCCAUGUUCCCCCCUCACCUGGAGAAGCCAACCCUUGCAUGCAUAGGUCUUAUCCAGCCUCUAGGAUCCAUCUUCCCAACUGUGGAGCUUCAGGCGCGAUGGGCAACAAGAGUUUUCAAAGGCUUGUGUAGCUUGCCCUCAGAGACUACUAUGAAGGUGGACAUUGUUGAAAGGAAUGAAAAAAGAAUUGACCUGUUUGGAAAAAGCCAGAGCCAGAUACUGCAGACCAAUUAUGUUGACUACCUGGAUGAACUUGCCUUGGAGAUAGGUGCGAAACCAGACCUCGUCUCUCUCUUUUUCAAAGAUCCUAAACUGGCUGUGAAACUCUACUUUGGGCCCUGCAAUUCCUACCAGUACCGCCUGGUUGGACCUGGGCAGUGGGAAGGAGCUAGGAAUGCCAUCCUCACCCAGAAGCAGAGAAUUCUGAAGCCCUUAAAAACCCGCACUCUGCAGCCUUCAUCCAACAACCCAGCAUCCUUCCUGCUCAAAAUCCUGGGGCUUUUGGCUGUUGUUCUAGCCUUCUUUUUCCAACUUCAAUGGUUCUAAUCUGUCAGCAUAACACUUUUGUCCAUCAGUGCCUCUCAUUUAUCAGUGUCUCUUUGAAAAAAAGACUAAAGAAAUUACAUUUAUAUUAUAAUUUUUACAAUUCAGGAGAGCAAGUAGGAGAACUAAUAGGGAGAUUAGAAGAAUUACAGCUAGAUAUAAAACUAAAAUUAAGGUCAUGGAAUAUCUUUAUCAUCAUACUCUUUCCUCGAAUUCAUCAGUAUCCAAACAGUAUUAUACAAUAACACCAACACAGGUAGAUAGUGCUUUCAGACACAGCAAGUUUUGAUUUAUAUGAAAAAGCUAAUUAUGCAGAAUAAGAAACAAGUCAUA